CCUCGCAGCCAUUGAGGCAUUGGGCGAUGCCAGCAUCCUCGACCAGCAGGUGCCCAGCAGCCUGCUGGAUGUGGCCUUGGAGGACCCGGACGUCUGGCUGACGGACGCGCCCAAGAUAGUCAGCAGCAUCCUUGAGAGCCUGCCAUACUGCAGCACACAGGCAGCGUGGGAGAAAGCAGAGUCGCUCCUUCGCCUGAUGACCAACCUGUACCCCACCACAGUGGUCAUCCUCCUGUGUAAGGCGGCUCUUCAAGGAGACAGCACUGCGCCGGAGCUGUGGGAGCUGAUGUCCUCCAUGCCGGAGACGCUGGCCAAGAUCUUGGAGGACUUUGCCAACCUGCUGCGCAGACAGUGCUUCCGCUGCUCCGCAGAAGGCCCCCGCACCCAGCCCAUGGCUUCAUCCUCCAGGAAGGCUGAGUGGGAGGAGUUGGCUGAGGAGCCCGACUCUGUCGAGAGCCAUCAGGGCUGUCCAAACGUGAGGACGGCCAGGCUGCUGCUGGAAGGGCUCGUCGGGCUGUCGCAGAGAGCCGAGAUGGCCAGAAACAUUGAACUCUUCCUGCCGGGCAUGGUGAAGAUCCUGCAAGCUGGCAGCGAAGAUGCCAAGAUGAAGAUCCUGCUGGCCUUGCAAAACGUUCUGUGUCAGCUGAAGAAGAGCAAGGCCAGCUUCAUCGCUGUGCAGCUUGUGGGGAGGCUCCUGCCCCUCUUUGACUCGGAGUGCAGCGAGCUGCGAGAGCUGUCCAUCCGCAUGCUGACAGAGCUGCUGCAGUUGGUGGUGGGCAGGGAUGAGAAGAGGAUGAGGAAGGAGGUGUGGUGGGCACUGGUGCCUCUCCUCUUCCGCAUGAGCGACCAGGUCCCCAGCGUGGCCAAGGCCUCCAGGGAAGCCCUUCUUGCUGCCGCCGAGCUGCUGAAGUGGAGGACGCUCAAGCACCUGCUGCAGAGAGAGCGGCUGUGGGAGCUUGGAGCGUGCUUGCUUCAGAACAGCAGGAACAGGGCUGAAGACUUCAUCCACCAGAGCCUGCCCUACCUGCAGGACCCUCAGGCCAACGUGCGCCUGGCGGCCGUCAGGUUCAUCGGACUCAUCACACGGCGCCUGAGGGAGCAGACCACGGACAGUCAGGCUGACAUCCUGAGCGCACUUCAGCCCUUGGAGAAUGACUGGGACAUCUCUGUCAGCUCCCUGGCAGUUCAGACAACCUCCAUUCUGAGGAGUCCUUGCGUGCAGCAAAGACCAAGAGGCCUCCUGCAAGCACUGCGCUGCUGCUGGCCAUGAGCCCGGCAGAGGUGCAGCUUGCAUUGGCUAAAGGACUGGGGC